AUGUGUAGGGGUUGUCCCCCUAUCAUUCUUGGCGGUCUUACCUUAUCCUAUCCUCGCAAUGUCAGGGGAUUGCCUCCUCGGUUGCUGAGCCCUGGAUGUGUAGGGGUUGUCCCUCAAUCAUUCUUGGCGGUCUUACCUUAUCCUAUCCUCGCAAUGUCAGGGGAUUGCCUCCUCGGUUGCAGAGCCCUGGAUCGUCAGGGGAUUGCCUCCUCGGUUGCAGAGCCCUGGAUGUGUAGGGGUUGUCCCCCUAUCAUUCUUGGCGGUCUUACCUUAUCCUAUCCUCGCAGCGUCAGGGGAUUGCCUCCUCGGUUUCAGAGCCCUGGAUGUGUAGGGGUUGUCCCCCUAUCAUUCUUGGCGGUCUUUCCUUAUCCUAUCCUCGCAACGUCAGGGGAUUGCCUCCUCGGUUGCAGAGCCCUGGAUGUGUAG